GUUUUUUCGUUUCAGACGGUGAUUCUCAACACAGACACGGGCCACCACCAGGAGUUUACUUCACCACUAACCCCUUUAAAACUAACACGCCAAGGUUGACAUGGCACUUUUGAAAAAGGUUUUCAAGAAUUUACAAGCUGACUGUGAAGAUAACAAUGGGCUCGUGGUGGGCCCGAAGAUAAGCGACACGCGCGCGAAAAAGCCCACUGCGUUCACCGCGCUGGAGUCCAGAAAGUCCAAGGCACCCCUAGCCCCUUCAAAACCGGAAACCCUCCGCCACAAGGCUGCACUACGUUCCUCUAAGCCUGAAGUGCCUGCACGAAAACCUGACAUCAUUGUUAACAAAAAAGAAGUGGCCGACCCAUCAAACCAGCCGAAUGCUGGCCUUCGUCAGCCAACAAAGAUCGCCAAGGCCAGCCGGUCGGCCUUCGCAUUAUCGAAGAGCAAGUGAUUGAACAUAUAGCCUGACCUGACCAAACGCUGCAUCAAUAAUGUUUAAUACGGACUGAUACAAAAAAGUUCAUGACUGGACAUAACCAGUGAACAGGUGUAGGAUCACACUGGUUACCUCUGUUUUUAUAUCCGUGGUUUGUCUUAUUACAUUACUACGAACUUCAUUUUUUAUUUAUUAUAGUGUGUUUCUCCACCACUCCAUUCUUUACAAUUACUUGUGUUUUAUUCAUUAACAUUGUGAACUUAGGUUCUAUUUCAAUCUUUUUCGGAAUCCCAGGCAUUAGCGUGGAGACCAUGUUGCACGAAAAUUUUCUUUGU